AUGCAAUCACCAUCCCUUCCGGAUCUUCAGCGACCAAUACCCGUUCCCGCCGGCGGUAGCAGUCUGAACGUCGCGUCCGAAUCCUCCCACCUCAUUCACAACAGGAAGAGGAAAAGCAGUGAUAUUGAGCCUGGCAACAAUGGCUCCGAAUCAGAUAUCUUUGCGGCGAAGUUACUCUUCCCGAGGCAUGCGCCGCUCAAUUUUGCGCCGGUAACGCUUGUGGCUCGAGCAUGCCUACCACUGGCAUGGCUCGACACCUCCUCGGGUACUUGCCGUACGAUCUUUGAAGCAACCAUUCUUUCUGUCGAAGAAUGGGAACAGCGUAUUCUGCUCGUUCGUCAAAUCCCCGACGGCCGCCUUCAUGCUGUUGAGCGGAUCGGCCAGGAUAUUUAUGUUGCAUGUACCUUGCACAGUUGGGUUCUGGAAUCAUGGUGCCAUGAUGCUGCAAUUGGAAAAAUAGCUGAGGUCAAAGUUGAGGAUUUAUUACGGGGAGAGGGAGAAGGCGGUCCCCGCACUGGCCAUACACGUUCAGGAUCCCUCUCGAGUCUGACAGCAUUGCCCACCCCGAAGAGUCCCAAGAAACCAACAAACCGACGCGGUGCGUUGGCCAGGAUGUCAAUCCUGAAAGCGAAGGAUCAUGCCUCCAUCAACGGGUCUAUCACUCCAUCAGGGUCUCCUAAUCUCCUUCAGCAGUCGACUACUACUGCUCUGGGUGAUCUCGCUGGUCAGGACAUGACUCAGAUCUCCAUUCCGGAUGCCGUUAUGCAACCACCAGCUCUUUCACCCUCAACUAUAUUGGAAGUACCCAUACCCGCCACCACCUACUCAGGAACCGGCUUGGGAAUCCCAUUCAGCGACACUAUUCCGCUGCAUGAGGCUCUCGUCCCGGCACCCGCACCUCCUCCUAUAUUGGAAAACCCCAUAGGACCCGAGCGCCUCCGCACACAAUACUUUGAGCAUCUCUAUACUUCCAAAACGUCGCUAGCAUUCUACGUCAAAGGACCACUGAGUCGAGCGCGAGCACACGUGCGGACCGGUGAAGAUCCUGCAAGGGCAAUAUCCGACCUGUCUGAGUUUUAUGAGCAAGGUAUACUGCCUACAAAGAAAAUUGAUCUUAAAUACAAGGAGAGUCUGGCAAAGAUCAUCAAAGAAUUGCCAUCAAUGGUAGUCGAGCAGGGAGGAGAAGGUGCCGUCGGACAGGAUGUUUUCGAGAAGAAGAAAAGGUCUCGGAAGAAGAAAGCGAAGCUGGGCAAGGAUUGUCUGUGGCCCAAUGAAGAGGAGUUUAUUGUGAAGUGGUGGCGUGGUAGGGAUUUGAAGACGACGACCAGCCUUACAGCGACCAGCCAGGCCGAGGAGAUGCGGAAAGAAUUCGCAGACUUGCGUAUGCGGGAAAGUGAAAUGCAAAUGCUUCUCAUUCUCGAGGUCAUGUUGCUGAAGAUUGCAGGGUCACGGCUCUCUGAGACUGCGAAGCCGGCGUCAGUAACAGAUCCAGACGUCAAAGUCGAAUCGGUCGAGGACGACGUCCAUGAGAUUUUGGCCACGACUCCGCAAGAGCCACCAAAGGAGAAGAAGAGGCGCAACUGGUCGAGUGAGAUAGAUACCAUCGUCGAUCGUCUGUGCAUCUGGCACACUGUCAGCCUGGACGACCUCAAUGCCACAGCCGACAGAAGCCAGAACAAUGGCAGCGGCAGUACCUCUUCGAAGCCUAAUGACGCCCUCAAAGAUUUCUGCAAAGACGUCCUCCUCCCGUUCUACUCUGCCAAACUUCCUGAGCAGAUCAAAUCAAUAUGCCGUAAGCUCGGCGGACCCGAAGUGUCGCCCAAACGCUCCAAACAACCUCCUCCAGCACCUGCAGUGACCCUGCAUAGAUCGUCCUCAAUAUCAUCCCUCACGAAAUCCAAAUCGGCCCGGCCGCUUGCCAAACGUACUCUCGAAAGAGUUCUCAGUGAAGACCAUCAACUCCAUCGCCACACUUCUCCACCAACUACCUUCUCCCGUGGCUCCUCCGUGACAGCCUCUGUGACGCACAACCAUAUAAUCCCAACUCUGAAGCGCGAGCCUUCGGAAAGGCCCGUUUCUCGUGGGGGUAACUUGUCAAAAUCGGUAUCUUUCAGCAAUCGCGAAAUCGAUCUUGCUGCGGAUCAGAAAACGCAUGAGCAGAAACGGCGUAAACUCGAUAGGCUCGCGCAGCAGAAGAGGGAAUUGGAGGCCGCGAUUGAUGCGCUUAAGAAGCCUGACCGCAGGACCGUGGCGGGCCUCUUCAUGGACGAAGUUGAAGACAGGAAGAGUAAGGAGAAGGAGAGAAAACCGGCAGUCCAGAUAUCUGCCACGCCACGGGCACGGAGGAUCAGGGAGGCCUUGCAGGAGCCAGAUUUGCCGCAACCGCCCAAACUGAAGAUUCAGGACCAAGAUGUUGGGGCGGUAAUUCCUUCGUCGACGAUCAAAUCUCGGCCUUUGCAUCCUCUCAUACCGAGUUCGAACAGCACGACUCGAUCGUCAGCCACCAAGCGAGCAGUCCUCGCAGCUAUCCAUGAGACGCCAUCACGCGGGGCUGAGAAGAGAACCUCAAAUCCCUUGAACUUGCCUGUAGUUUGGCCCCCUCCGGCUCAGGCGGUCGACCAAUUCACAAUCGCAGCGACCCCAGCAUCUAAACGAACAACCCUAGGUGGAGGAGGCGUGCCUUUGUCUGACCCUGAUCUGCCCUCCGAUUCUCCGGGACAGGCUGCUCGUUAUGAGGAGACCGACGGGGCGCAAAACUUACACAUGACUCGAUCCCGGCGGCCAGUUCUGUUUACGCCGGUGAAAAGGUCUGAUGUGCCACUGGACCACGUCUUCCGCGACGCACCCGAAAUUCCUGAGCAGGCCGGACGCAUGAUGGAUCGAGUGAUGGGCGGAAAGGGACGCGGGAUGAUGGACGACAGCUUCCCAUGGUCGCAGGGUGCUGAUGGGUCGGCGAAGACGCCUGGACGAGGGACCGUGGAGCAAAAGGAUGUUCGCGUGGAGGAUGUCGAAGAAGGUGAUAUUUACGAUAAGCUGGGUUGGAAUGAUGACUUUGACCUAUGA